AUGUCACCGAAUAACGAAGCUGACUGUGUGGCUUUAAAUGAAAACUCUGUGGUCGGCGAAGGAACUUACUGCGAUGGAUUCUGGGAGGUAAUAGUUCAUUUUGAUGGCGUGUGUUGGCCGAAUACGCCGGAAAACAAUUCCGUGUCAGAGAAUUGUCCAGAUUUCUUUGCAUUUGAUACAAAUCACUUUGCUACGCGAUUUUGUAACAUUGGUGGAUCAUGGGCCAAUGUAUCAGGGUUAUUCGGCGGGUGCUUGUCGGAUGAAACGCGAGAGCUAAUGGAACAAGAAUUUCAAGGGCAACCGGAGCUGGGUGACCUAAGGAAAGGACUCUGUGAAACGUUUGAGUACUUCAGACAGUACACUCGAUUCUGUGUGUUUUCCUGGAUGUUCGUCGAAGGUCUAUACUUAAACGGGAUGAUUACAGCAGCUGUUUUUCAAAAGCCCAAUUUUAAGCUAUAUUAUUUCAUAGGAUGGAUAUUGCCAUUAUUCCCAGUGACAGCGUGGGCCAUUACAAUGAAAUUUACAACAGAACAAGCUUGUUGGUUUGGUUAUGUGAAAUCGCCGUAUUAUUGGAUUGUUGAAAUCCCGAGAAACCUUAUUUUACUUAUAAACUUAGGAUUCCUGAUAAACAUAAUACGAAUACUUGUGACGAAGCUUCGAGAAAGCAACACAAGCGAAACGCAACAACUCAGAAAAGCUGUAAAGGCGGCCAUAUUAUUAGCACCUUUACUGGGCGUCACCAACUUAUUGUUUCUGCCAGAUAAUCCCAAAUCUCACGAGAGCCGUGUCGUCAUCGUAUUGUAUUUCUAUGGGGUGAUGAUAGUGACCCCUUUCCAGGGCGUCAUAGUUUCACUCCUGCAUUGCUUUGUUAACGGGGAGGUUCGACUGUUGCUUCGUCGUAAAUGGGCUGGAUGGAAGAGUUCUCGCCAGCCGGGUGGUCGACUUCGACGUCAGUCCAACAGCACCACCACGGAUGUUUAUCGCCUCAACUCCAUAUAUAGUACAACGGAAACCAUUAGGAUGUCAUUCGUUAAACAUUCAACACAGUUACCGCAACAACCAAGUAGUCCCGUACUAGCUUCGCCGUCUUUGAGUGCAAACUCGCCUUCGCCUUCUCCUCCACCGUCUCCAGGUGGCAUUGCCGGAGGCCCUGACCCCGCUAGCGCUGAGGACGUGUCCACAAGCCUAUUAUGA